AGUCGGGCAGUGCCCAACGAGGCAUCCGGGGGAGGACCCGCUGCCUGCUGCUCGCACGCGGCUGCACGCACAGCUGGAGCGGAUCUAAACCCAUUCCCUGAGUCAAAGGGGAAACACUCCGCCUCGCAGCACGCGGGAGCUGCCUGAGCUUUGGGGAGAGGGCGGGCCAGGGAGCAGAGCUGGCCAGGCUGCCCGUGCCAAGGAAGGAGGGGGCCUGCCGAGGCCGCCAAAGCGGGCUGGGCGGGAGGGGCCAGGCCAGCUGGGGCCGGAGCUCGUGUGACAUCACCGGGCGGCCCGCCUCUGUCUGGGGCUGAGGGGAGGCCCGGAGCCUUUCUGGGGCCUGGGGGAUCCUCUUGCACUGGUGGGUGGAGAGAAGCGCCUGCAGCCAACCAGGGUCAGGCUGUGCUCACAGUUUCCUCUGGCGGCAUGUAAAGGCUCCACAAAGGAGUUGGGAGUUCAAAUGAGGCUGCUGCCGACGGCCUGAGGAUGGACCCCAAGCCCCGGACCUGCCGAGCAUGGCACUGAGGCAGCGGCUGACGCUACUGUGAGGGAAAGCAGGUUGUGAGUAGCCCCGCAGGACCCCUGGCCAGCCCUGGCCCCAGCCUUUGCCGGAGCCCUCUGUGGAGGCAGAGCCAGUGGAGCCCAGUGAGGCAGGGCUGCUUGGCAGCCACCGGCCUGCAACUCAGGAACCCCUCCAGAGGCCAUGGACAGGCUGCCCCGCUGACGGCCAGGGUGAAGCAUGUGAGGAGCCGCCCCGGAGCCAAGCAGGAGGGAAGAGGCUUUCAUAGAUUCUAUUCACAAAGAAUAACCACCAUUUUGCAAGGACCAUGAGGCCACUGUGCGUGACAUGCUGGUGGCUCGGACUGCUGGCUGCCAUGGGAGCUGCUGCAGGCCAGGAGGAUGGUUUUGAGGGCACUGAGGAGGGCUCGCCAAGAGAGUUCAUUUACCUAAACAGAUACAAGCGGGCGGGCGAGUCCCAGGACAAGUGCACCUACACCUUCAUUGUGCCCCAGCAGCGGGUCACGGGUGCCAUCUGCGUCAACUCCAAGGAGCCUGAGGUACUUCUGGAGAACCGAGUGCAUAAGCAGGAGCUAGAGCUGCUCAACAAUGAGCUGCUCAAGCAGAAGCGGCAGAUCGAGACGCUGCAGCAGCUGGUGGAGGUGGACGGCGGCAUUGUGAGCGAGGUGAAGCUGCUGCGCAAGGAGAGCCGCAACAUGAACUCACGGGUCACGCAGCUCUACAUGCAGCUCCUGCACGAGAUCAUCCGCAAGCGGGACAACGCAUUGGAGCUCUCCCAGCUGGAGAACAGGAUCCUGAACCAGACAGCCGACAUGCUGCAGCUGGCCAGCAAGUACAAGGACCUGGAGCACAAGUACCAGCACCUGGCCACACUGGCCCACAACCAAUCAGAGAUCAUCGCGCAGCUUGAGGAGCACUGCCAGAGGGUGCCCUCGGCCAGACCUGUCCCCCAGCCACCCCCCGCUGCCCCGCCCCGGGUCUACCAGCCACCCACCUACAACCGCAUCAUCAACCAGAUCUCUACCAAUGAGAUCCAGAGUGACCAGAACCUGAAGGUGCUGCCACCCCCUCUGCCCACUAUGCCCACUCUCACCAGCCUCCCAUCUUCCACUGACAAGCCGUCGGGCCCAUGGAGAGACUGCCUGCAGGCCCUGGAGGAUGGCCACGACACCAGUUCCAUCUACCUAGUGAAGCCGGAGAACACCAACCGCCUCAUGCAGGUGUGGUGCGACCAGAGACACGACCCCGGGGGCUGGACCGUCAUCCAGAGACGCCUGGAUGGCUCUGUUAACUUCUUCAGGAACUGGGAGACGUACAAGCAAGGGUUUGGGAACAUUGAUGGCGAAUACUGGCUGGGCCUGGAGAACAUUUACUGGCUGACGAACCAAGGCAACUACAAACUCCUGGUGACCAUGGAGGACUGGUCCGGCCGCAAAGUCUUUGCAGAAUACGCCAGUUUCCGCCUGGAACCUGAGAGCGAGUAUUAUAAGCUGCGGCUGGGGCGCUACCAUGGCAAUGCAGGUGAUUCCUUUACAUGGCACAAUGGCAAGCAGUUCACCACCCUGGACAGAGAUCAUGAUGUCUACACAGGAAACUGUGCCCACUACCAGAAGGGAGGCUGGUGGUAUAACGCCUGUGCCCACUCCAACCUCAACGGAGUCUGGUACCGCGGGGGCCAUUACCGGAGCCGCUACCAGGACGGAGUUUACUGGGCUGAGUUCCGAGGAGGCUCUUACUCACUCAAGAAAGUGGUGAUGAUGAUCCGACCAAACCCCAACACCUUCCACUAAGCCAGCUCCCCCUCCUGACCUCUCAUGGCCAUUGCCAGGAGCCCACCCUGGUUACGCUGGCCACAGCACAAAGAACAACUCCUCACCAGUUCAUCCCGAGGCUGGGAGGACCGGGAUGCUGGAUUCUGUUUUCCGAAGUCACUGCAGCAGAUGAUGGAACUGAAUCGAUACGGUGUUUUCUGUCCCUCCUACUUUCCUUCACACCAGACAGCCCCUCAUGUCUCCAGGACAGGACAGGACUACAGACAACUCUUUCUUUAAAUAAAUUAAGUCUCUACAAUAAAAACACAACUGCAAAAUACCUUCAUAAUAUACAUGUGUAUGAGCCUCCCUUGUGCACGUAUGUGUAUACCACAUAUAUAUGCAUUUAGAUAUACAUCACAUGUGAUAUAUCUAGAUCCAUAUAUAGGUUUGCCUUAGAUACCUAAAUACACAUAUAUUCAGUUCUCAGAUGUUGAAGCUGUCACCAGCAGCUUUGCUCUUAGGAGAAAAGCAUUUCAUUAGUGUUGUAUUACUUGAGUCUAAGGGUAGAUCACAGACUGUGUGAUCUCAACUGAAAGGAUCACCCUUGGCAUCUGUGUGCCUGGAUUCUUCCAGAAUGUCUACAAUGCUAAUCUCUCACAUAGAGGUUCCCAGCUUCUUAAGAACCCCUUUUGGCACCUAAUCAAAUUUCAAAAUCCGCCCCCCCCACCACCAUUUUCAUACUUUUCCCCAUUCUCAGGACUUUUCACCACCCAUCACCCACUUAUCCCUUCAUUUGACACCAUUCAUUAAGUGCCUUCUGUGUGUCAGUCCCUGGCCACUCACUGCAGUUCAAGGCCCCCUUUCCGCUCUGCUGUACUCCUCGCCUACCUACUCCUUGCCUUUUCUGUCGCACAGCCCCUUCUUUCCAGGCGAGAUUCCUCAGCUUCUGAGUAGGAAACACUCCGGGCUCCAGGUUUCUGGUUGGGAAGGGAAGGCCAGGCCAAAAGCUCCAACUGCCGUAUAGAUAAUGUACUCGCAGUUUUGUAUCUUCCAUUCAUACUUUAACCUACAGGUCAUUUUAGUCUUCACACAAAUAAUAACCUAUCUGGCCAGGAGAUAAUUGGUUGAACAGAAGUCAUCAGAUCAUCAGAGCCCCCAGAUGGCUACAGACCAGAGGUUCCACGCUCUCAGGCUGACUAGAGUCCGCAGCUCAUCUCCAAACUACACUUCCCUGGAGAACAAGUGCCACAAAAAUGAAAACGGGCCACUUCUCAGGAGUUGAAUAAUCAGGGGUCACCGGACCCCUUGGUUGAUGCACUGCAGCAUGGUGGCUUUCUGAGUCCUGUUGGCCACGAAGUGUCAGCCUCAGCACUCCCGGGACUAUUGCCAAGAAAGGGCAAGGGAUGAGUCAAGAAGGUGAGAUCCUUCCCGGUGGGCACGUGGGCCAGGCUGUGUGAGAUGUUGGAUGUUUGGUACUGUCCAUGUCUGGGUGUGUGCCUAUUACCUCAGCAUUUCUCACAAAGUGUACCAUGUAGCAUCUUUUGUGUAUAUAAAAGGGAGGGUUUUUUAAAAAAAUAUAUUCCCAGAUUAUCCUUGUAAUGACACGAAUCUGCAAUAAAAGCCAUCAGUGCUAUUUGGAUGUA